AGUGGGAAGCGGCUUGGGAAACUUCCCCUCUGGAGUCGCCACUAAGUACUAACUUCUAACUUCUAAGUGCUCCUAACGCUCGGACAUGACUCGCACUUCUUUAACGGCUCUGCUGGGCGUCUUCUUCGUCUUGACACCCAGCACGACACAAGUGGCGCCCCCUAUCAACGUGACGCUGCACUGCGGCAACCUGAGGAACAAAGUGGUGUGGAACUACGACUCCCUGCCUCCAGGACUCCGAUUCAGGGUGGAUGUCAGCCAGUUGUGGGGCUCGAAUGGUACCCUGUGGGUGGACCCGCCCCACCUCCAAGCUGACGUGUCUUUUCUCUUUGACCCGGACAACGAUUACUUCUUAACCGUGACCGCCGUCCUCGGAGAGAACCAGUCCGAGCCCGCUCCAGCCGAUGGCAUUGACUUCAGCUACUACAGGAAUUCUCCAGCCAGCCAGAUCUGUUCUUUGGACCUGCCGCCUGUGACCGUGUUGGAACAGCAGGAUCACUCUGUCCUGCUCAGCUUCCAGCAUCCGUGGCUCUUAUACCAACAGAAACUUUCUUCCCACUCCGGAAGCAGAAAGAAGAAGAGGCACGAGCAGCCCGACGACCUUCUGCCUGUCUUCAAAUACGAUGUCACCAUCAACCAGAAGCAGUUUGCUGACCUGAGCUGCUCUGAGCGAGUGUGUGAGAAGAUGCUCCCGGUGGACCCCCAGCAGGAGAAGCAUUGUGUGAGCAUCACGGGCGUGCUAGACAAAAUAAAAGUUGACGGAACGCAGGACUACUGUGCCUUGCCAGUGAAGGGAAACAAAGUAGUGGUUGUCUCUGUGCUGGUGUCCCUGCUGGUCCUGGCUGGAGUCGCCAUGGUCUUCAUCAUGUGCUGCAGACAACGCACCAAAGCCUCCUUUGGUCCUCCAUCCUCACUGGACGUCAGCCACAGUCCCUUCAUCUGCACCCUGACACCUGUCCAGGAGACGGCCGACAAAGCCACCUGCAGCGUGUCCUCUCUGCACGACCAAGAACUGCUCAGCAACCCCAGCGGCGAGCCUGAUGGCGAUGUGCAGGAGGAGGAGGAGGAGGAGGAAGAGGGUUACAUGGGCGGGGACAACUUGGAAGAAGACCUGCUGGAGUCAGUCAACCCUUAUGAGAAACGUUGUGCUGUCUAGCAGCAGGUGAGACUUUAUGCUAGCAUGACUGCUGUCUCAGCCAAUGACACGCCCCUGAGUGAGGGACACGCCCCUUGUCUUCUUCCAUCUCAGGAAGAUGAAAGGACAGACCUAGAAUACGAUCAUCCUGUGGUCCUCCAACCCAGACGUGGAAAUCAUGGAGCUGUUAGAAGUCCAGUAAUGCUUGAGGAGUCCAAAGCCAAACAUAUGAGAAGACUGCAUUGACAUUUCAACUUGUGAGCUCAUCUUUGUCCUUUUCAUUUUAGCAAGUGGAAGGCAGUUUUACUAGAAGUUCACUUGCAGUUGACUCAGCACUGGUGAGCAAAGUGAGGAAGAGUGUUAGAACCUGCAGCAAGUCUGGUUCAUGUCUUACCUGCACCUUGAUUUGCACUCACCUUGCUUCCCCUCAAUGGGACUGUGGGCGGGGCUUAUUCAACAUGUAUUUAUUUCAUAUAGUGUUCAAGCUGUGAAUAUAUUUGUAUUAUUUCUCUUGAAAAUGCACCUUUUCUGUUUAAUGGCUAAUAACAAACUGUAACUUCCAAUUUCUAUCUCCACUCAAAUGUAUCGUUUGUGUUGUCGGGGAGGAAUUAAAAGCAUCUUACACAAAUUCA